CGUCGAUCCACAUGAGCCCCUUGCCCCCUUGUUCCGCGUGACGUGAAAGUCUGCUGAAAUGUUACUUUCCAUGAAAGGAAAAUGAUAGAUCUGUGAGAAUCAAACAGCACAUCAACCACUUCCGUAUACUUACACCCAAGUCAUGAAGAAUUAUAAAAAUGAAAUCCUAUCCAUGUCUUCCGAGAAUGCAAAUCACGAAUGAGUUUCUCGUUGCGCAUCAUGUGCGGAGAUGUGAAUCGGAAAUGUGAAUUCGUUGAGAAAAUCCGUCAUGGUGUCCGGUCACUGCUCCAAAGAAUCUUCACGCGUUCAUCAUUUUUCUCGUCCUUGCUCCAUUUUAUCUAUGUCAAUCUGCCUGCGCUUCAUCCCUGUCCAUCAAUCAUGUUUUUACAAUGCUGCUUUGAUGAAUGUUCUUGCUGUAGUUGAGUCAUUAAUGAAAGAAGUUGAACUUCUACUUGAAGCUGAAUGAGAAGUCGUUUUUCAUAUUCUACUUGCAAUCUAUCAGGAGGACAAUAAGCAAGAGCAUCAAACAUAUACCGGAAGUGUCAAGAGGCAAAAAAAAACGUAGUUUUUGAUGUAUUGAGUGAGAGACGGCGUCUGCUGUGUCACUUAUAUGAACAAGAACUACAACCAAAGUGUGAACAAUUUUCGAUUCCUACCAUAAAAUCAAUAACAAUAGACUACUUCUCUGUCAUUAUUUGAGGGUCCCCUCAUUGCUUGCGUCCUCUUCGAGCUGUAUUCGCAACGUCUAUUACAUUUUGCUCACUCAAACCCGUAAGAUUCCCUCGUUUUGUUUACGACCACGACUGCGACACUUCGUUCCACUCAACUAGUAGUUUUUCUUCAUUCUUGCUUCUAAACGCCCUCAAUUGAUCCGUACAUUCAUCUACUUACAGUCCUCUCCCCUAAGCAAAAAAAAUGGUGUACAUGCAAGAGCAGACCUAUGGUUUCGCCCCUCCAGACUAUGGACAGAAGCAGAAUAUGGGUGGCGGCAAGCACAUGGGCGGAGGCGGCGGCAAGCCAUCAAAUAACAUGGGAGGCGGCAAGCAAGGGGGCGGCAACAUGAUGGGAGGCGGUGGCAAGGGCUUCCAGCAAAACCAGGGAUUCGGAGGCAAUAUGCAACAUGGCGGUGGUAACAUGAAGGGCGGAAACAACAUGAAGGGAGGAAACAAAUCCGGUGGCGGUGGUGGAUUUGGAGGUACUAGACCACGACUUGUGCUAAUAGUUUGGUUCGUGAAGCGUGAUUCGUGACGAGCGCGAGAUCAUCCUUUCUAUUCAUCUGUCAAUUUUUUGCCUCUUAACAAUGUUAAUUCCAUGUGGACAUCGGUCAUUUGGCAACGACUUUACUCAGGUCACCUUCCUCGGUGCUCGUCGACUUUACACAGGUCACCCAUCAUCCUCGGAGGUUUCUAUCUUCCUCUGGUCUUUCUUUUUUCUAGUUAGGUCGGCUCCACCACAAUCUAUCUAGACUCCCGACCUCCAUCUCGCAUCUUCAGGCAACAAGGGUGGAAAACAGCAAGGAAAGGGAAAGGGUGGCGGAAAAUCAGGUGGCAAAGGCAAGGGUGGCGGAAAGGGAGGAAGUAUCAUCAUUUUUUGAGAAUGGUUGUAGUAACCAAUGCAUAGGUUCUUGAUUCUUGUAGUGUACUACUAGUUCCAGUAAGCAAGUUGUAUCAACACGAAUACGACAAGGACAACUGAUUCGUUCCCUAAAAAAUAGAUCGACACAGCACGAAGAAUUCAAUCAAAUGAUUUUUGAUUUUCUCUUUGCUUCACUAGAAGAUAUUCAACUUCUCGCUCCUAAAAAAAUUCACGAAAAAUCAAACUCUCCUCACUCAGAAGGCGGAAAAGGGGGCAAAGGAUUUGGCAAGGGUGGUAAAGGCGGAUACGGUGAUUAUGACGAGGAACAGAUGGACGAUGGUGAAUAUGGAGAGGAGCAAGUUGAAGGUACUAGAAUCUAUAAAUAUAAACUUAGUGCUUUCAUCUAUCUUUCCUCUGCAUCCUAAAAAUUAAGUCUUGAGCCAAUGCAUCGUGCUAGGUAAAUGAAUGAAUGAAUGAAUGGAAAAGAGCGUCAAGUUCUGAAGGUACUACCUAUGUAUACAGUAUCCCCCUAUUGGAAGAACUACUGCAGCUAAUGUACGUGAGUGGAAGAAGCAACCUGAGAUGUACGAAUGCACUCCCAAACCAUAACAGAGCAAGAAAUCAUCGACAUGACGAAUAUCACGCACUGCGUCGAGGACUAUGAGGCUAGCGAGAAGCGGGCAUUUGCGUUUGAGCAGGUGCUAGCGAACAGUAGUUGCGACUCAUGGGCAACGUUGGAAGGCCCGUUGAACUGA